UCAAAGCAAAAUGCAGUUCGCUCACAGCUUCCUACUAAUCGCCUUGGCCUGCGCCUUCUCCAGCGCCUGGGCUUAUCCUGAACCCAAUCCUCAGCAAAAGAAUCCACCAAAUUUUAAUUUCACACCGCCUCCAGAUCGUCGUCCUUUCCAACUGAAUGGCGGUGGUGGCGGUUCUCCCAAGCAGGGCUUUGAUCUGAACCUUAAUGCCCAGGCUCCCGUGUGGCAGAGCAACAAUGGACGCCACUCCCUUGAUGCCACUGGCCAGUAUGGCCAGCACCUCGGAGGACCCUAUGGAAACAGUCGUCCCCAGUGGGGAGCCGGAGGUGUCUACACCUAUAGGUUCUAAAGGCACUGCCUGAGAUGCUUAAUACCUAUGUAAAUACUAUAACCAACUAUUAUAAAUAAAAUGUAUUCCCUCCAAGCAA